AUGCAACUUCAACAAAAACUGGAAGGUGGUUCAGUGAAUGGGUACUGUAAGUACAUACAUGAGAGUGUGGAGCAUGAGAGUGCGGAGCACGAGAGUGGGGAGCACGAGAGUGGGGAGCACGAGAGUGCGGAGCACGAGAGUGGGGAGCACGAGAGUGCGGAGCAUGAGAGUGCGGAGCACGAGAGUGGGGAGCACGAGAGUGCGGAGCAUGAGAGUGGGGAGCAUGAGAGUGGGGAGCAUGAGAGUGCAGAGCACGAGAGUGGGGAGCUUGAGAGUGGGGAGCACGAGAGUGGGGAGCACGAGAGUGCGGAGCAUGAGAGUGCAGAGCACGAGAGUGGGGAGCUUGAGAGUGGGGAGCACGAGAGUGGGGAGCACGAGAGUGCGGAGCAUGAGAGUGGGGAGCACGAGAGUGGGGAGCACGAGAGUGCGGAGCAUGAGAGUGCAGAGCACGAGAGUGGGGAGCUUGAGAGUGGGGAGCACGAGAGUGGGGAGCACGAGAGUGCGGAGCAUGAGAGUGGGGAGCUUGAGAGUGCGGAGCUUGAGAGUGCGGAGCGUGAGAGUGGGGAGCAUGGUAGUGCGGAGCACGAGAGUGCAGAGCACGAGAGCGGGGAGCACGAGAGUGCGGAGCACGAGAGUGCGGAGCAUGGUAGUGUGGAGCAUGAGAGUGCGGAGCAUGAGAGUGCGGAGCAUGAGAGUGCGGAGCAUGAGAGUGCGGAGCAUGGUAGUGUGGAGCAUGAGAGUGCGGAGCAUGGUAGUGUGGAGCAUGAGAGUGCGGAGCAUGGUAGUGUGGAGCAUGAGAGUGCGGAGCAUGGUAGUGUGGAGCAUGAGAGUGCGGAGCAUGAGAGUGCGGAGCAUGAGAGUGCGGAGCUUGAGAGUGCGGAGCAUGAGAGUGCGGAGCAUGAGAGUGCGGAGCAUGAGAGUGCGGAGCAUGACAUCUAA